AAUAUUUUAAUAUACUUUUACAAAAAAAUGGCUUCGUCAGUACCCAAUAUUCAAAAGAGAAGCCGGACCACAGCAGAACAACUAAGUCGCAUGGUGGACUUUUUGACGGAAACGCCGGGAUUGGCAGGAUCAAGGUUCCAGAAGCUUCAUGGAAAAUCGGACUGCGACAAAAAGUGGAGUGAACUAGCGUCAAUGCUGAAUAGCCUUGGUGGUUCGGUGAAGAACGUCGACCAAUGGCGCACAGUAUGGAGGGAUUUGAAGAGCCGUACUAGCAUUAAGGUGCGUGAUAGGAAACGAAAGCAGGCAAUGACGGGAAACAAUCCCAUUAAUGAAGAGCCACCCACUGAGCUUGAGAGGCGUGUGAUUGCUCUUGUCGGUAGCGACUAUGUGCAGGGCCAUGAAACUGUUGCUGAAAGUGUGCCAGUGGAAGAGGAACUCCAACUGCGUAUGGAAGAGGGUGAUGAAAGUGUAAUCAUCGAGAUGCCAUCUAUUUCUCACGAAGUGAGCAUUGAGAUGUGCACAUCGACUCCUGUAACUCCUGCAGGAAAAACGCCACGUAGAGGAGCCAAAAGAAGGCGUGUGGACGGUGGUACCGAGGCCCAAAAAUCGUUUUUGGAAAUCGCUCAGACCCAAGCAAAUUCCUUAAAAGUAAUUUACUUAUUUGUAACUUUACAUAAGUAA